AUGGGAGUGUUAAAGCUGGCGGUAAAGGACGUGAUGUGCCUCCAGGCGUACCCCUUGGAAGGGGCUUAUGAUGUGGUUUUUCACAUGGAGGGGAAGCAUGACGAGGUCAUGAAAAAGGCGAGGGAGGUGGAGAAGGCCAGGCCGAUGUGCCACUACGAGGUGACAAGCUUGGCCAAGAACAACUUCAGGGUAAUAACAGUAAACAUGUGUAACCCGCAUGUUAAGGAUGAGGAGGUGAGGGCUUUUAUGGGGAGGUAUAUGGACAAUGUCUCCUCGGCAAGGCUCCUCAAAGACUCGCUAGGUUUCUGGAACAGGAGGAGAAGCUUCCAGGCUCUGUUGAGGGAAGACCCAAAGGGCCUGGGAGGUUACCUUCAUCCUCCAGCUCUGUUCACCCUGGGGCCUGACAGGGGGACAUUGUUUUAUGCCCGUCAUCCCACUUUCUGCAGACGAUGCAUGGCCUAUGGCCAUAAUUUCGCCUCAUGUGGGGCGAAGAAAUGCAGGGUGUGUGGGUCUGAGGCACACGAGGCGAGGGACUGUGACGAGUCGAAGAAGUGCCACGGGUGUGGAUCGUCAGCACACUUGUGGAGGAAGUGUACGGCUCGUCACAAGUCGUAUGCAGCUGCAGCUGGUGGGGGAGCAGGGGCAGGAGCGGGGGAUGGAGGAGGAAGAGGAGGAGGAGUUCCAGAUCCAAGCGCAGGGCCAGAGGCAAUACCAUUGACGACGGAGGAAGAGCCGAGAACAGCAGCGGGAGGAGAGGGGGACGGGCAGGGGACUGCCGUAGCAGUUCUGGAAGGAGAGGCAGGCAGGAGGGAGAUGGUGGAUUGCCUGGCGCCGCUGUGUGCCACGAAUAGACACUUGGUGAUAGGGGGGGAUUUUAAUAUAAAUAUAGGGAGGGGGAGGGACAGUAGUGCAGGUGCCAUCGCCGGGCUAAUGGCGUGCCAUGGCCUGGUAGAUGGGGGCCUGCACACUGCUCCGACGAUGGCAGGUCCAACAUGUCGCAACUCCAGAGGGGUCGAGCGGAGGCUCAACUAUAUUUUUCUAUCCAGGUCACUGGGUCAGUUGUCUGGGCGUUUGUUGCCUGUGUUUUUUUCGCAUCACAACAGGGUGCUGCUGCAGGUGGGGGCACCAGUCUGCCUCUUCGGUAGGGGGUACUGGAAGUUAGAACGGGAGGUACUGGAUGAGCAGGCUUCCAUUAACGGUUUUGUUGAUUUCUUUAGGGGGCUUGAGGGCCUCCGGUCCAUGUGUGAGGGGGUGUUAGAGUGGUGGGAAAUUGCAAAGGUGAGGAUUAGGACUUUUAUAAUAGGAUAUUGUAAGAGGAAAAAGAGGAAGGAAAGGAGGGAGGUGGAUCAUAUCCAAAGGCUGCAAGAACUCGAGCUUGAGGCAGGCAACCUCGGCGGGUCGGUAGACUGGGAGAGAUCCUCUGCCCUAAAGGUGCAACUUAGGGAGGUGCAUGAGCGGAAGGCUCGCGCUUUCCUGGAGCGUGCGCAUAGUGGGUUUUUAGAACACGACGAGACUUGUUCCGCCGUGUUCUUUAAAUCAGUUAGGGGAAGACAGAGUAGGAAGGUAAUGUACAGGGCUAGGGAGUAG